CACAUAUUGUUAUUGUUGUUGACAUGUGUUUCCAAAGCUUGAUCAAUCUCUCUCUAAGCAUCUUCAUUUAACAAGAUUCAUUUUUUACUCAUAAUUCCCACCAUAAUAUAUAUAUAACAAUAAUCUCGAUCUUUUCUUGUAGAGUUUGUUGUUAAAUAACUAAUUAUAUAUAGAUAUAUUAUAUUAUUAUAUUAUGGGAAGAUCACCAAGUUGUGAUGAGAAUGGAUUGAAGAAAGGGCCAUGGACACCAGAAGAAGAUGAGAAGCUUGUGGAUUACAUAACAAGAAAUGGGCAUGGAAGUUGGAGAGCUCUUCCUAAGCUUGCAGGGUUGAAUAGGUGUGGCAAGAGUUGCAGGCUUAGGUGGACCAAUUAUCUUAGGCCGGAUAUCAAGAGAGGCAAGUUUUCUGAGGAUGAAGAGAAGCUCAUCAUCAAUCUCCAUGCUGUUCUUGGCAACAAGUGGUCUACUAUAGCGGGACAUCUUCCGGGAAGAACAGAUAACGAAAUAAAGAAUUUAUGGAACACACAUUUGAAGAAGAAGCUUUUACAAAUGGGAAUUGAUCCAGUUACACAUAGACCUAGAACAGAUAUUCAUCUCAAUCUUCUCUCAAAUCUCCCACAACUCAUUGUUGCAGCCAACUUUGCCUCAAAUUUCCUCAACAACAACAACAAUACUACUAAUCAAUCAUUAUCCAAACUCCAACUUCUUCAAAAUAUCUUCCAAGUUCUAGGCCCCACUUCUAACCCUAACCCUAACCCUAACCCUAAUAUGGAUCAAGCAAUGCUUAACAAUCUCUUGGGAUCAUCACUAUCAUCACUAAAUCAUUAUAUGAUUAACAAUACUCAUCAAGAUCAUCAACCCUUUAUGGUUGAUGAGUAUUUAAGAUCAUUGGAGCAUGGAAUAAGAGUAGAUAAUUACAACAACAACAUUAAUCAUAUUGUUAAUUAUGAUCAUGAUCAUCAUAAUCAUAAUCAUUUUGUUACUAACAAUAUUACUACUUUUCCAACUCAUCAUAAUCAAGAGUCUAUUGUGAACAUUAAUAUAGAUGAUCCUAAUAUGAAUAUGAUCAUAGAUAAUAACAAUAAUAAUGAUGAUGAGCUUCCUAAGUUAGCUGAUGAUCAUGAUCAUGAUAAGAUUAAUAAUAAUAAUAAAAAACAAAAGAUUAAUAAUUUAUCAUCAAUGACAUCAUCAUCUAUUAAUAAUGAAGCUUGGGGAGAUCUUAUUACAAAUAAUCAAGAUCAAAAUAAUCAUGAACAAGCAGCUGAUCAUGAUUCUUGCUAUUGGAAAGAUAUUAUGGAGUUAGCAUCUUCACAGACAUUGGUCAACCUCGUUGACUAAAUUUGAAGCUUCAUAUUUCAUCAUGAUUAGUUCUCUGGGUCAUAUAUAUAUAUAUAUAAAUAUUUAUAUAUAAGGGUUUGUUCAUAAAGAGAUACAUCAUGUGCAUAUAUAGAGACCAAGUAUUUUAAUUAUUAGAAGUUUUUGAUGAAUUAAUAUUAUACAUAGUGAAUUUUAAUUCAUUUGUAAUUCCAUACAUAUAUAUUUGUUGCUGUAAGAAUUAAUUAAUGUAUAUUAUUUUCUUCAUUAUUGUUAUA